AAGGAUGUCGUCGCCGUCGCGAAGACGGGGAGCGGGAAGACGUUGGCGUUUCUGUUGCCGAUGUUUCACGGUAUGAAGCGACACGGUGGCGUGGAGGGACUCGUCGUCGCCCCGACGCGGGAAUUGGCGAUACAGAUUCAAGCCGAAGCGGAGAAGUUCGGCGCGGCGCAUGGGUUUCAAAGCGUCGUGGUGUACGGCGGCGCGAGCGCGUACGAGCAAAAGAACGCGUUGCGAACGAAAAAGCCGUGCCUCGUCAUCGGCACGCCGGGGCGAUUGACGGACUUGAUGAGUCAAGAGGGGGUGCUUUCGCUCGCCGAGCUUUCGGUGAUCGUGCUGGAUGAGGCGGAUAGGAUGUUAGAUAUGGGGUUUGAGCCGCAGAUUAAGCAAAUCUUCGGCGCGACGCCGACGAAGCGGCAGACGCUCUUGUUUUCGGCGACGUGGCCGAAAUCCGUGCGUAAGCUCGCGGCGGGGUAUUUAAAUCAAGAUAAAUCGUGCGUCGAAGAGAUUUUCAUCGGCGAAGGCGCGUCGGACGGCGAACUGGCGGCGAACAAGGCUAUCACGCAACGCUUCAUCGAGGCGAGAGACCACGAAAAAGACGAGCACUUGUACAAUCUCAUUUGCGAGUUUCCAGACGAGUCUCGCGUCGUCGUGUUCGCGAAUACCAAGCGUCGCGUCGAAAAUCUGGCGAAAACGUUCGCCGCGGAAGGUUUCGGCACCGUCUCCGUGCACGGCGAUAAAUCUCAAGCCGACCGCGAGGCGUCUCUGCGCAAAUUCGUCGAAAACAAGGCGCCGCUCAUGAUGGCCACCGACGUCGCCGCGCGCGGUUUAGACAUCAAGGGCGUCACCCACGUCAUCAAUUACGACAUGGCGCGCGACGUUGAGAGUUACGUCCACAGAAUCGGUCGAACCGGCCGCGCCGGCGAACUCGGCGCCGCCGUCACGUUUUGGAACGUCGAUUACGACAAGCCCUGCACCCCGGCGCUGUGCAAAAUCGCUCGAGACGCCGGUCAGGCUGUCCCA